AUGACGCAGUAUGUUUUUGAAAUGGCCAUGACUUGUGGGGGAUGCGCUGCGGCUGCUCGUAAAGUUCUCGGGAAGCUCGGAGAGAAGGUGGUCAUCGAUGACAUCGACGUUGACACGAAAACCAUCAAAGUCACCACUGACCUACCAGCAGAUGAGAUACUUGAAGCUUUGAAGAAGACAGGCAAAGAGAUCAAGCAACUCCAAUAA